AUGGUAUCCUCCUCCAAAUCACUGGCUGUCUCGGAUUCGAUACCGGUCACCUUGAACACCAGUGCCGUCGAUACUGAUAUGCUGCUGGGUUUCGCGAUCCACCAGCUGCAAAAAGUCGGCACACGAGUCCCAGACGACGUGAAAUCGAGACUUGAGGCUUGGGUUGGCGACCAGCUGGACUCUGGCACUCAAUCUUUGCACUUCUUCAUGGCUUUCUUCGAGCAUUGGCGUGCUGGGCAAUACACGAUGGCAUUGGAAAGCUUGCAUCGCUACUUCGACUACUCUCUGGCGUCAAGAAGUGGAACAGACAAUAUGAGAGUUUACUAUCAGUAUGCUCUGCUCCAUCUAAGCGUACUUCACUCAGACUUUGAGUGCUGGGACGAAAGUAUAGACGCAAUGAACGAAUGCAUUGCCACAGCCCGCGAAAACCAGGACGCAGCGUGCCUGAACUUUGCAUUGUCCUGGCUCUUAUACCUCCGCCACGCUCAUCCAGACAAGAAUCACUCCUCCUACUCCACAGUCUCGGGCGUUGUAGGCAGUAAUGCAGGCGAGCGCGAUGAGGUMCAGUUCUUGAAGACGAAAGCACGAGAAGGUAGGCACUGGAUGUUGCUGAGUAGCACCCUACUCGAGGAGGCUCGACUCGAGAUGUUCAGCGACGGUAGCCUAGGUCGUGCCCACGAACACAUUGUGCAGGCAAUGUAUCUGAACAUCCAACACGAUCUUCGUUCGCUAGCACCGGCCGCUGUGAUUUUCCAGAGCUCUAGUUUGGACAGAUUGGGCCAGUCACAUCUUGCAAAUCGCGGUUACGAGCUUGCAACCACGGUACAUAUGGCUCAUUGUCCUCUCAACGAUAAAGUUCGUUCAGCUUGCCGCCGCGCUUACACGCAAAGUCAAGCUGGUCUAUUCUCCAAGGCCAUAAGCGUCCUAGAAAGCAUUGCCUCAGAAGUAAGCGGGGUCCUCAAGUUGGAUCAGAAAGUCAAAGCGUAUGCUGCUAUAGUGCAGUCGCGGAGAAGGAUGCAUCACGGCGACAACGAUGCAGCAGAUUAUUACAUCGGGCAGCUCCGACCCCUCAGGACCACCAGCGACCCAGAGAUCGUCUUCGAAGUCAAUAUCCUGGAGAUCGAGUUGCUCAUCAAGCAGAAGCAAUUGGAGCGUGCUCUCAGCAAAACCAAUGCACGACUAGCUGAGUUCAAGGGAAGAGGAACGGUGGACAUCGCCCAGCGCCUGCAUCUWCUAAUCCUCAAGAGUCGCAUCUUUGGCCACGGCGGCCAGGCUAGUAAAGGCUUUGCAAUCGCGCUACGUGCUACAUCGGCAGCAGAACGCCACUUGAUCAUCCCGGUCUUUUUGGAAGGUCUCGGCGUCCUAGGCAGAAUCCUGAUCGAUCUCUCGGAGUUUGCAAUGGCAAAGAACGUUCUGGAGUCAGCUCUGCCACGACUGUCCGCCAAACUCAAGCGAGCAAACUAG